UAUUAAAAAAAAAGUAGACAAUAUAUGUAGCGAGACCAACAAGAUCGCGAUUGGCUCACACGCAAAAUCAUCGCAAGACCAUAGAAAAUGACGGAAGAAGGAAAAUCACCGUCGUCGCCGGCGGCCGCCGAUGCGCAGCUCUUUGGGCUGCUUUCCACUCUCCUGCAACAGGUGGAGUCGUUGACCAAUCAAGAAGAAGUCGAGUUGCGUGCUAAGAUCGAGGCCCUUGGUUUGGAGGUCCGAAAACUCCCUCCUAAAUCUGCUCAACAUCUUAAUCAGCUUGAUAACGUUGAUGAGAUGAUAUCCUCAGCCAUGGCCACAGACCCACAAGUAAGGGCUCUACUGAGCACAACUGCUGAUGUGUGGAUGCCCGUUAUUACUGCAACUUCUGAUGAAAGGCGUAAUUUUACAUCUGUCCCUGGAGAAGAUGACCUUCGAGACAAAGGAAAAGGGUCUGCGUAG